GUAUAAGACAGACACCAAAGGCAACAUCGACAAGGCAAACUAAAACAUCCCCACAAACAUAAGAAUUUUCAACCAAGCAAAGAAAAGAAUUCAUAGCCUCUUCCUGUUCUUCAUUAUUUCUCUCUGUCUCUCUCUCUCUCUCUAUAUAUAUCUAUUGUCUCUUCCGUACUCAAACUUUGAAUAAUAAGGCAUCUGCUUCAUCUCCAUGGCAACUUUUUCAAGGAUUGUUUCCAUAACUCAUGUUUUUCUUCUAUUUUCUUUCACUUUCUCAGGAGUCAACUCUUUUGGAAUCAAUUAUGGGCAAGUUGCCGACAAUUUGCCUUCACCGGACAAGGUGCUCGAUCUCUUGAGCGCGGUUAAGCUCACAAAAGCAAGAAUUUAUGACACGAAUCCUCAAGUGUUAACAGCAUUUGCCAACUCCAACGUUGAGCUUAUUGUCACAAUCGAAAACGAAAUGUUGGCGGUUGUGACGAAUCCUCAACAAGCGCUUCAAUGGGUCAGCACCCACAUCAAGCCAUACGUUCCCGCCACAAAGAUCACCGGAAUCGCUGUGGGAAAUGAGCUCUUCACUGACGGUGACUCAUCGCUUCUACAAUACCUAGUUCCAGCCAUUGUGAGCAUCCAUGGUGCCCUAGUUCAAUUAGGCCUCGAUAAGUACAUGCAUGUUUCAACUCCAAGUUCUUUAGCAGUUCUUGAACAAUCAUUCCCUCCUUCAGCCGGUAGUUUCAAAAGCGAAGUCGCCGGCGUCAUGUCACAGCUUUUACAGUUCUUGUCUAGUACCAAGGCGCCAUUUUGGAUUAAUGCAUAUCCAUAUUUUGCAUACAAAGGUGACCCCAAUAGAAUUUCCUUGGACUAUGUGCUUUUUAAUCCUAAUGCAGGCAUGGUUGAUCCUUCCACAAAGCUACACUAUGACAACAUGCUUUACGCACAAGUAGACGCCGUCGUCUUUGCAAUGGCUAGAUUGGGUUACAAUGGGAUUGAAGUAAGGGUUUCAGAGACGGGGUGGCCAUCAAAAGGUGACGCGGAUGAAGUUGGUGCAUCUGUUCAAAAUGCGGCAGUUUAUAACAGGAAUUUGUUGAGAAGGCAAUUGGCGAAUGAAGGGACACCAUUGAGGCCCAAUAUGAGGCUUGAAGUUUACUUGUUUGCUUUGUUCAAUGAAGACAGGAAGCCUGGACCGACUUCAGAAAGAAAUUAUGGUCUCUAUCAGCCUGAUGGAACCAUGGCUUAUAAUGUGGGGAUCUCUGCCCUUUCAAGUUCUUCAUCAUCAACUUCCUCUGCCACCGUCUCUCUCACUUCUUCUGCAUCCAAGGCAGCAAACAGGGAAAAUCAAAGCUUGAUGAACUGGAUGUUUGUGUUUUUGCUGAGUUUCCAAGCUUUUAUGCGAAGACCAUAUUAAGGAAAUGGGAAUUUCAUGUAAAUAUUACUUUUUGGUAAGAAAAUUGAUAUGGGGUUUUACUUUUGGGUCUUUUUAAUGAAAGACCAAAAGGUAUCCAUCCAACCCCAUUUGCACAAGUUAAUAACCCAAACCUCAAAGUAUUGAUGCAUGAAAACCUUUAUUCACAGGCCAUAACCUCGAUGAUCUCAAAAUCUCACCACGAUUAUUCACAACAAAGAUUCAAUCCGGCGCUCGCUGUCUCAAAUCAGAAAAUGCAUGAGAGCUUGAUCAUGAGUUGACGAGAGCCAUAGCUUAGUUUUUCUAAUUAGAUUUUAUUGUUAAUUUCUCUCAUUUAUUUCUUCUGUCAUUCUAGGAAACUAUAUGUUUAUGUAAAAAAUGUAUUUAUUAAUCUAAUUAAAAAAGAGUACUACAAGGCUCACCUUAUUGGUCA